GCUGCAGGAGCGGGCGGAGCUGCGGCGCCUGGAGCUGCGGGACGCGCUGGGACUGUUCGCGGCGCGCAGCGAGGCCGAUGCCUGCGCGCUCUGGGUGGGCGAGCGCGAGCAGUGGCUGCUCGCCAUGGAGAUUCCCGAGCGCAUCGAGGACCUGGAGGUGGUGCAGCAGCGGUUCGAGACGCUGGAGCCGGAGCUGGCGGCGCUGGCGGCGCGCGUGGCCUCCGUGGGUCGCGUCACGGAGGAGCUGCGGGGAUCCGGGGACAGGAACCGGGAGAGCGCCCGGGAAACCUGGGAGCAGCUCCGGGACAGGUGGGAGCGGUUCCGAGCGCUGGCCGAGCGCAAGAAGGCGGCGCUGACCGCGGCGCUGAACAUCCACAAUUUCCGCCUGGAAUGCCACGAGACGCGGGGCUGGAUGCGGGAGAAGACGGCGGCGAUCGAGGCCACGCGGGCGCUGGGCCGGGACCUGGAAGGGAUCACGGCGCUGCAGGGGAAGCUGUCGGGGAUGGGGCGCGACCUGGACGCCAUCCAGGGAAAGCUGCGGGAGCUGCGGGCCGAGGGCGAGAAGCUGCAGGGGGAGCAGCCGGAGCGAGCGGCCGAGAUCCGCGAGGGGCUGGCGGCGCUCGAGGCCGAGUGGGACGCGCUGCGCCCUCCGGGGCCAUCCCAGUCCUGA